AUGUCGGAUGGAAUUGAUAAUGCCAUCUUUCUGGCUGCACUCUUCUCUGAACUGACUACUGUGGUGGUUGGAGCCAAAGAGACAGUGGUCACCUCAGCAGAGGAGCUUCUCAGCAUUUUAGAAGCAGGAAACGCCCUACGCCACACAGGCACCACGGGAAUGAAUGUGCGCUCUAGCCGCUCUCACGCUAUCCUCACCAUUCAGCUCACCCAGCGCUGCCAUGACAGCAGCUCCUCCAUAAACUCUGUCCGCUCCUCAAAACUCCAUUUGGUGGACCUGGCUGGCUCAGAGCGUGCUGGAAAAACAGGAAACACCGGGAUGCGUCUCAAAGAGUCAGUCCACAUCAACACAGGCCUGCUGGCACUAAGCAAUGUCAUCCGCGCCCUCUCUGACCCCGGACGAAAUCGCCGUGGCAACAGCAGCAACAGUAAUCACGUUCCUUAUCGUGAUGCAAAAAUCACCCGUCUCCUACGUGACUCUCUGGGGGGCACCGCUCACACACUCAUGGUGGCCUGCGUAAGCCCUUCCCACCACAGCGUGGCUGAGACACUGAGUGUCCUACAGUUUGCCUGCAGGGCCCGUCACAUACGCAACCGUCCCAAAGCAAUGUGUCCCAACUCUGAUGUUAAACCUUUUCCUAUAAGCUGGGACCCCAGUGAGGCGAGGCUUGGGGAGCUGGAGUUUGAAAUACAGACACUAAGAGAGAUGCUUAUAAAUAAGGAGACAGAGCUACAGAGAGAAAGGGAGAAGGUGGGUGGACACACUGGGCAGGACGCAGACAGAUCCAGACAGACCAAUGAGUCUGACAUGAUAUGUGACCCAGAGAGGAUGGUGAAUCAACAGGAUCUGUCAGAAUACUGCCUGUUGGCACAAGAAGCUGCAGAAUUAUUGAAGGUGACCUGUAGUCCCACCCUGAGUCCCUCUCUGAGGCAGCGAAUGGAGGAUUGGCAGGAAACGCUGACAGCUGUCAAUCAUGCACAUCAGACUGAUGAUAAAUACUAUUUACAAGUUAAUGGGGAGCAACCCCACCAUGUCACCAUACUACAGCUUAGAAGGGAAUUCAACAAAUGCCAGGAAGCUCGAGUCAUAGACCAGAAGGUGUUGGAGCAGAAAGAGGAGGAGCUGAGACAGGUACAGGAGAAGUUCAAGAAACUCCUACAAGAGAGUGAGACACACUUCCAGGCCUUAAAGGAAGAGAAACAAUGUACACGGAUACAGACUGAACAGCUGGUAGACCAGCAGAUUCUGAUUGAUCGUCUUCGCAGCAAUCUUAAGACUUCGCGAGUCCCAAUCACAGGGGCAUCAGCACAAAUAGGGGCUUCUCAGAAUUCAGCUGUCAGGCUCCAUGGUACUCCUGUCAUCGGGCACAGUUGUGGUCACGGGCCUGCAAGGAAGAUUCACACCAGUCCCCCAGCCUAUUCAUUAGAGAGAGUGAUUGCAGCAUUUAAGACGCGUGGUCAACUUCUUCUGGCUGAGAUUGAGGAGAAAGAGGAAGUGUAUUGCCCAUUCAUAAAACACCAGGAGAAGAAGGAUACAGAUCAAGGGGAGGGAAAAGAGGAUGAUGAUGAAGACUAUGAAGACAAUAAAAAAACACUUCGGCGAUCAUUAAACCAUACAUGGACCAGCCAACAGAGGAAAAUGGCCCAGAAACAGAACAAUGUUCGACUGGACCAAAACUCCAAGAAUGGUAUCCUGUUACAACAGCCCCAUCUAACCACAGGGGCUGGAGAGCACCAUGGCAAACAACAUGGUUUAAAGAAUUCAGGACUGAGAACUAACGCCACUCAGAGGAGGAUCCAGGAACUGUCGAUCAACAUGCGUAUGAAAGAGGAGCUCAUUAAAGAGCUUGAAAAAACUGCCAGGAAGGCCCAAGCCGUGGACAGCUGUGUCAGACACAGUGGUAAUGGCACAGAGGUUGGGGUGUUGGUACGGCUUUCCCUUCAGAGCCAGCAGACCCAAGAUGAACUCAAACUCAGCCUGCAGCACAUGAAUAUGCAGAGAGUAAACCUUCUUCGACAGGAGAGAGAGACCAGCAGCACAUCUAAGGAAGAACCAGACCGAAUCAGGGAUUUGACUGUCCACCAAAGAGAAUUCUACGACAGUGCAAAAGAAAAGGAAUAUGGUAAUGGUUGGCUGGAGGCAGAGGAGGAGCAGGCCUUGCAGAGGAGAACUGGGCUGCUGGCGCUGGAAGAAGAGCUAAGGGUGAAAGAGGAGGUGCUCCAGCGCAGGGAGGUCUGUGUGCAGCAGAGAAACACAUUGGCGAUCCAGAGGCUACGCUCCAGUCAGGCACUAACUCAGGAUCUGUUGCGUGUGUCUGCAAGGCUGGGGUCCCUGGAAGAGCAGCUAGAGGGCAGGAAGGCAAGGCAGACUGGAGGAGUCACCAAAGAGGAAAUGGAGAAGGAGAGAGAAGCUCUAAGAUGGAGGAGAGAUGCUCUGGAUGCACAGCUUAAAGAGGGCAGGGUUCUCACGACACAGGAGGAGCAUUGCCUGCUCCAGUUGGAGGAAGCCAUAGAAGCUCUGGAUGCAGCUGUAGAAUUCAAAAACUGUGCCAUACAAGACAAACAGAGGCAACUUUCAAUCCCACCCUCCUCUUCCUGUCACUUGCACAACACUGAGCCCGUCCACCUCUGCGAUGUCACCAGGAAACUACAAGAGCUCUCAAUGCCUGAAGGCUCACAAUUGUUGGUCAAAUACUUCAACAAGGUGGUGUGUCUCCGCGAGGAGCAGCGUCGUUUGCAACUGUUUUGUGACGAUCUGCAGCUCCAAACUGAAGAGCAAGAGGGGGUGGUCGGAGAGAUGGAGGCUGCCCUGCAGCGCCUGGCCCUUGAUGCAGACCGAAGGCUCACCGAACAGCACCAGAAGCACCAGAACAGCAUCCAGCUAUUGCUGGAACAAUUUAAAGAAGGUGCUCCAGGAGAAACAGAGCAAGCUGCCCAGGCCAGACUACAGCAGCUUGAGAAAGACUUGUUUUUCUACAAGAGCUCCAAUCGCCAGCUGAAGAAGAAACUUAAAGAGCUGCUCAGUGACCAUGUUCCUCCCCCACAACAGCCUGCUGCACAGCCGUCACACAAACAGGCCCAAUCUCUGCAUAAAUACACAAAGGCAAACAGUCACCCACACACUGAGCAGAUACGGACAAAAACACACUCUGAGCAUACACAUACUAUGACACACAAUCACCAGCCUAAAAUUAGUCAUGUACAGGUUCACAAUGAGCAUACACUUCCAGAGAGACAUCCAGACCAGCCCUCUUGUCCAUCCUCAUUUUCUGAUCUACAAACACACAAAAUAAUAAAUAUACCCCCUCACACCCAGAUAUGCACACAUUCACAAUCUCAGGUGAUGAAUGUACAAGGGCAUUGCCACAGUGUGGAAGGCUUGGAGAUGACACCAGUCCGUCUGUCCCGCAGAGAGCUGAGACCAUUCUCCCCUGCUGGCCUACAGGUUUCUGAAUCUGCCACCCGAGGGCACCACUCUGAAGUGGAGACUAGCAUAGAAUCCCUACUGGAGGAUUCCAUAGAAAUGUCCUGAAAUACUGAUUGAUGAUGCAGCAGAAAAAGUAUUGGAAAUGAAAAGUAAAAUUGUGGAGUGUCUCAUGUGAAGACGAGACAGUGUUGUCUUAAAAGGUUGCAAUGCUGGUUUGGUUUUUGUCUAUCUUAACCGAUAAUUCCAAAUUCAGGCUCCAAGCUGUGAUAAUAUUUUCCCCUCAAAUAUUCUUCUAGCAUGGAGGUUGUGAAGUUCAUGGACUUGAGUUGUCUUAAAUGUACUGCAGUAUCAGUAAGAUGUUUAAGAAAAAAUUAGGAGUGGUUGUUGUCAAAUAGACUUUCAAACCUUAAUAUAUCAUACACGGUGAGAAUUUUUGAUUACUAAUUUUAUAUAAUUCCUUCUAAAGCAGGUGAAUCUUGUAUAUAUUGUUCUGAGUUCUGGACUCAC